AUGGCAUGGAUUCGAUUACCUGGUCUCCCAGUAACUCUAUACAAAAGGAGUUUCAUUGAAGCAAUUGGAAAUCAGGUUGGCUUUGUGAUCAAAAUUGAUUUCCAAUCGGAUAGUGGUUGUAGGGGGCGAUUUGCGCGCCUAGCCGUUAGCCUCAAUCUUCAUCGACCUUUAGUAUCCGAACUCCUUAUCAAUGGCCGCCUUCAAAUUAUAGAGUAUGAAUCGCUUCCCACUGUUUGUUUUCAUUGUGGCUACAGUCAUCACAAGUAUAUUUGUCCACAGCUACUAGCGCAGAAAAAUGUUCAACCAAUGACUGAGGUUCCUCCGGAGCAACCUCUGACUUCCGACAAAUCAGCCUCGGACGAAGCAUUCGGGCCUUGGAUGCUCGAAAAUCAAUCAAAAUCUAAGGUGACUGAAGCGGAAUCCACGAUUUCAUCAUCAGCAUUGCCUUUGAACGCUGAAUCUAGACCAUUGACUGAACCAAUGAGUACUCCUAUAGACAAAAACAAAUUGAAGGACAAGACUCCAACAAAUCCAAAGAAAACCCCAACUGUCCCUAACGACCCCAAGAAGCAAGUUCACCUCGGAGGUAAACCUGUCAAAUUGCAUGCACCUAGCAAAGCCCCUAUGCAAGGAUCACAUAAUGCAGUUAAUGGAGCUUCUUCCUCCAAUCUACCACGAUUGAAUUCGACUGAAAAUCUUGACCCGAACAAGCACCAUGUUGUGAAACUAAUAGAUGGAGAUAAUCCCCGCACCCCAACAGAAGCGCUAGUGCCUCCCGCAAUUGGCAAAGAAACCGAGACUAUGAUAGAAUAA